AGCUGCCGCUGCUGCAACUCACCCCACAAUCCCGGAUAUAAGUCCUGCCCCUUUAAGAAGAAAAAAAAGCUUCCCCCGCCUGCUCCCACCCCACCCAUCCACAAGGACCUUUGUCUCCCCACCCCCUCUGUCAGUCGGCCCCGCCCCACAUCCCCGCCCCCUCCAACGCAGAGGAACCAAUGGGCGAGGAAAAUAAGGCCGGGGUAUGACGUAAGCAUGCCCGGCCAAUCACAGGGCGCGUUGGUGAGAGGCCUCGCGAAGGGCGCGCCCGGAGGAAGGAAGGCAGGAGAAAGGAAGCUUGAAGUCAAGAUGGAGACUGGUGGUUUGUCCGCAGCUGCCCUAGCGAACGGGGACUUGGGAUCCCAGCGAGAGCGGACCCUGGUGCCCGAGCGGCUUCAGAAGCGAGAACAUGAGCGGCAACUGGAGGUAGAAAGGAGGAAGCAAAAGCGGCAGGACCAGGAGGUAGAAGGGGAGAAGAGCGACUUUUUCGCCGCCGCCUUCACUCGGGAGCGAUCGGCCGUGGAAGAGCUUCUGGAAAGCGGAGAGUCCGUCGAGCGGCUGGAGGAGGCGGCCGCUCGGUUGCAGGGGCUUCAGAAACUUAUCAACGACUCGGUUUUGUUCCUGGCCGCCUACGAUUUGCGGCAAGCGCAAGAGGUGCUGGCGCGGCUGCAGGCGGCCCUGGCCAAGCGGCGCCAGGAGCUUCAGCCUAAGAAGCGUUUCGCUUUCAAGACCCGCAAGAAGGAUACUGCUUCAGCCACGCAAGUAGAUUCGGCUCCCGACGCCCCGGCGGCGGAAGGCAUCCUGACCUCCCCGCCGCCCUUGAAGAAGGAGGGAGAUUUCGACUCCAGCUGGGUCUGUGGCUUCUCCAAUCUGCAGUCCCAAGUUUUGGAGAAGAGAGCUGAGGAACUGCACCAGCAGGACGUCCUUUUGACCCAACUGAGAAACUGCACGAUCAAACUCUACGGCAAUCCCAACACCCUGCGGCUGACCAAGGCCCAAGGCUGCACGCUGCUCUGCGGCCCGGUGUCCACCUCCGUGUUCCUGGAGGACUGCAGUGACUGCGUGCUGGCCGUGGCCUGCCAGCAGCUCCGCGUACACACCACAAAAGACACCCGCAUCUUCUUGCAGGUGACCAGCAGGGCCAUCAUGGAGGACUGCACCGGGAUCCAGUUCGCCCCCUACACCUGGAGCUACCCGGGCAUCGACAAGGACUUCGAGGGCUCUGGUUUAGACAAGAACAAAAAUAACUGGAACGACGUUGACGAUUUCAACUGGUUGGCCCGGGAUGUGGCCUCCCCGAACUGGAGUGUUCUUCCUGAAGAAGAGCGAAGGAUCCAAUGGGACUGAACAUUUGUCACUCUUCACUUCCACCAAAUACUUCCCUGUGGGACUGAUUCCGACUCAUGGGACCCCAAAGUUUACUGUCGUCAUGUUUUGUUUUCAUUAUUUUAAGACUUUGAGGUUGUGAUAGGCUUCUACUUUUGAUUUCCAUUAAAUUUGUGGCAGGUGUAGCACUUUAAAGAAAUUUUGCUAUUUUGGUACUGCCUAGGACCUAUUGUUAGACGGUGAUACUUUGAAGCCAUAAGGGGAAAAAGUGUGAUUGUAUGUUGGUUUUUAAUGAUUUGUGGUGUUUAAAACUUAUUGCUUGAUAAAGUAGGCCUUUAAUAAAUAUUUGUUUAAUAAACGAAUUCAGUAGGGCUCUAGUAGGAGCCGGUUAGUCUGUAACUAAGGUAUUAGACCUGUUUAAACUGCCAUUAACCAAGAGCUUUUUUGACUUGCAGGUUUAACUUCAUAAGUAUUUUUUAGUGGAUCGAUGGAAGGACUUCUCUCUGGUCUUCAGCUACAUGUUGGCUGGGGUUUUUGGCAUCCAGCUACUCAUUGACUGACUUGGAUCCAAAGUUUUGGCAGUGGGCUCCAAGAGCCUCAUGAGUCUUAACCACACACAAAGCCACAGUAGUUAUAGCUACCAAUUUUUGUGCACUUAAAAUUUUAUUGACACCAUUGUAAGCACCUUACUGGUGUAAACUUACUAAGUCCUCAAAAUCUUAUGAGGUAGAUUCUGUUAACACCAUUUUUCAAAUAAGGAAACAGAUAAGAAAGUUGCCCAAAGGCCACACAGCUGGAGUGGUGGGCUGGAUGGAAACCAGGUACUCUGACUCCAGAGCCCAGCUUCUUAAUCUCUACUAGAUACUGAUAAUUGAGUUGGGAAGAAAGCUUCCAAAAUUAAGAAGGGCAAAUAGCUUUUGGCAUAAUGUGCUAAUUAUUCUCAUAUACUAAAAGAACUGAGGCAAACAUGGCUCAGUCUUAAUUUUUCGACUCAUUUUGCUGUAAUUCACUGCUGUUACAAAUUUGGCUUUCUGCUCUCUACGACUCAUUACUAAAUGGAAAGUUGUAUGAUUUUCAAAAAGC